UGACAUUGACCGUGAGUGGUCGUAAAUUAUAAAAAUCUAACAUCAGGUGUGGGGUACACGUGUACUUUUCGUAAACGUUUGGUGUUCUGUGAAGUUUUGUGGUUGUGAAAGACAUUAUGGCAAAAGAGUUGGCAAAGUCUCUAGGAGCAAUUGCAUCGAUUUUGGAAAAUCUACAGAGGAAGGUGGAUGACAAUGGAACGCAAUCUUCAGCUGCUGUUAUCCAAAAAACUCCUAUUUCUUUGGCCUUGCCCAGUUUUGAUCCGGACAGCACCGAUAGCCACGUAUGGUUACAAAAAAUAGAGGGAUAUAAAAAUGAAUUUGGUUGGUCUGACCGGGAAACUGUAAGUAGAAUUGGACCUUUUCUAUUAAAAUCUGCACAAGGGUGGUUUUCUGUAUGGCAGCCUACUGAAGAAACAUGGGAAAAUUUCAAGAUUGAUUUUUCCGUAUCAUUUCCUAAACAGAAAAAUCUAGGUAAGCUUCUCAGUGAGGCAGUAGGCUAUCAUAGCUCAGAGGCCUGUAGUUACGUCGAAUAUGCUAGAGUCACACUCGAAAAGUUGAAACGCACCCGAGCUGGUUGGGUGGAUUUGGAUUUGAUAGAGAUUAUCGCACAUUCGAUAGAUGGUGCCGUUGUAAGAACUGCUGCUUAUAAUUGUGGCGCGUCAUCUGUAAGUGAUUUGAUUGCAUUCCUUGCUAAUUAUAUAAAAGUUCCAUCAUUCGAUAAAAUGUCAACACAUCCAAACAGUCAGAGUGAUGACCUUCCACGGAAAAACUCCAAACAAAUUAGUUGUUAUUCCUGUGGCAAAAUAGGCCAUUUUUCUCGAGAGUGUAAAAGUAAGGCAUUUCCAAUUCACAGCAACACAGAUGCAAAAACGUUCUGUCGUUACUGCAAAAAACCGGGCCAUGAAAUAUCUCACUGUUUUCGUCGUCAAGACAAACGUGCUCGAGAUAGUGGCGGCGAAACCAGUGUAGAUAAGAAAUUCAAAGGGGAAUAACUUUUCCUUAAUUCUCAUGGUUCUGAGCUCGGUAGAUGUUUGAAGACGUUGCCAAUUGUAAUAUCAGCAACUACCAGCGAAAUAGACGAGCAAGCUAAAUCUCGACUAUCAACCCUUGGAAGAUGAUGUUCAAUAAUAAUCAUGGCUUAUAAGUACCUACAGGCUGAGUAGGCAUAUAUACCAUAGUCGUAGUGUUCGCAAUUUUGUAACUAGUUAUCUAUGUACUCCUGUACAUAUUUGUCCUGGUGGAUGCCUUCUCAAAAUUCUUCCUUCUCUACCCCCAGUCCACUGUUACGUCCGAAGAAACCAGACAAAGCUUUGCCAACUUCAUCAGUAUAUUCGGAACCCCAGCAAAACAAAUCCACGAUGCUGGCACUAAUUUUACCGCUAAAAGUUUCAAAGCAUUUACCGAACACUUUGGUAUCGAGGUUCACGUGACAACCCCUGGCGUACAUCGCUCCAACGGCCAAAUAGAACGAUACAUGCGAAGCAUAACAAACUUGCUGAGAAUUGAAUCAAAUAAAUCGUCAGAUUGGCCGAACAAACUUUGGAAAAUCCAACUAGUAAUGAACACCACAAAACAGAAGGCCACUGGCUAUUCACCAUUUAAAUUAGUUUUUGGUCAAGAAGGACAAACUCCUCAGAUUCGUACAGUCUUAGCAGAUUUACCCACUCCUGAAGCCACUAAAAAUCCAAUCGAUUCUAUGCUGGUAUAACUGGGCACGAGAAUGACUCUUAAGUGUUCAAAGGACCAGUUGCGCCACUGGCCGAUCGAGUGGACUCCUGAGGAUUUCCAAAAUCUGCUAGAAUUAAAUGAUUGUAAGUAAUUCAUUUUAUUUUGAUCAAUCUAUGCCGUGUUAGAUUGUUGUAACUAGUUAUCCAUGUAUUUUUGUAAUUAGUUAUCCAGGUAUUUUCGUAAUUUUGUAACUAAUUAUUCAUGUACCUUCUAAAUCUCUUUAUCGUUAGAUAAUAAAACUGUUUACUGUUAAUUUGCCCAGAAUUAUUACUGUCAUGAGGGCUAUACAUUCCGAGAGCGGAAUGAUGUCAGUUUGGCCGUGUUAGAUUCUAUUUCAAAUAUCUAAACUUGGCUCUCCCUAUAACACUGUUUGGUCGCUCACGCAUGUGCGCCCAA